AAAAAAAGCAAGCAAAAGCCUUAUUGCUGCGGUCGCCACAUUUCUUCUCUGUGCUCGCUCGGGGCUUGUGUUGGUGUAAACAAAAUUGUCUCGCCGGCAAGACGGCAAUGUUUGUUUCCGACAAGCCUCGUCCUAAUGAUUUCUACAAAGACAAUAAUACAAAUCCCUCAACCACCGCACGCGACAUGAUUAUCGAUGUCACUGCCAACGGAGCAGGAGAUCUACAGCCGCACAAUCACCACCACAAUCACAAUCACAAUCACAAUCAUCAUCAUCUCCAGCCGCAACAGAUUCUCCUCGGAGAAAGCAGCGGUGAGGAUCACGAAGUUAAAGCACCGAAGAAACGAGCGGAGACAUGGGUUCAAGACGAGACUCGUAGCCUAAUUAUGUUCCGUAGAGGUAUGGACGGUCUCUUCAACACCUCCAAAUCCAAUAAACAUCUCUGGGAACAGAUUUCAGCGAAGAUGAGAGACAAAGGGUUCGAUCGAUCUCCGACUAUGUGUACCGAUAAGUGGAGGAAUCUGUUGAAGGAGUUUAAGAAGGCCAAGCAUCAUGAUAGAGGAAAUGGAUCGGCGAAGAUGUCUUAUUACAAGGAGAUUGAAGACAUUCUUAGAGAGAGGAGCAAGAAAGCGUCGUCGACGACGCAGUUUAGCAAGAGUCCUAAUACACCCUCUGCUAAAGUUGAUUCCUUUAUGCAAUUUACUGAUAAAGGUUUUGAUGAUACGAGCAUUUCAUUUGGAUCUGUUGAAGCGAAUGGCAGGCCAGCGUUAAACCUUGAAAGGCGUCUUGAUCAUGAUGGUCAUCCUCUUGCAAUUACUACAGUUGAUGCUGUUGCAGCAAAUGGAGUUCCUCCUUGGAAUUGGAGAGAGACUCCUGGAAACGGUGGUGAUGCUCAACCUUUUGGUGGGAGGGUCAUAACAGUGAAAUUUGGCGACUAUACAAGAAGAAUCGGCGUUGAUGGUAGCUCUGAAGCAAUCAAAGAGACAAUCAGAUCUGCUUUUGGGUUAAGAACCAGACGGGCUUUUUGGUUAGAAGAUGAAGAUCAAGUUGUUCGUUGUCUUGAUCGAGACAUGCCUUUAGGGAACUAUCUACUCCAUGUCGAUAAUGGAUUGGCCAUUAGAGUUUGCCAUUAUGAUGAAUCCAACCAAUUACCAGUCCAUACAGAAGAGAAAAUCUUCUACACGGAAGAAGAUUACCGCGAUUUUCUGGCUCGACGUGGAUGGACAUGUCUGCAAGUUGAUGGUUUUAGGAACAUAGACAACAUGGAUGAUCUUCAACCAGGUGCCCUGUACCGAGGAGUGAGAUGAGUGAAUGUGAUCACAAAAACUUGUUGUCCAAAUGUAUCAACAGUUAAUUCUAAUCCACGAACAGUUCACUGUAAAUAUUUUGUCAUUCCCUUUGUACAUUUCCUCCUUUUUUUCCCCUGGAAAGAACAAAGAAUGUACUUGCUCAAAUAUGUAAUAUCAACUUACAAAUCAAUAAGACACUCGAAAUAGUUUUUUGGU